AUGCUCUCGCUGGACGGCGGCGGCAUCAAGGGCCUCAUCAGCAUUCAGCUGCUCUGCGAGCUGGAGCGCCAGCUGAAGCACCCGCUGGCGGCCUACUUCACCUGGUUCGCCGGCACUAGCACUGGCUCCUUCAUCGCCGCCUUCCUGGCCACGGGCAUGCCGCUGAAGGCGAUCCGAGCGCACUACUUCCGCCUGAAGGACCGCGUCCUGACGGCGGAACACGGCCGGCCCUACUCCUCGGAGGCGAUCGAGGCGGUGCUGCGGGAGAUCAUGGGCGAGCAGCUGACGAUGGGCGAGCUGCUGACGGUGCACGGCAAGUGGGUGCUGGUGCCGACGGCGGUGGCCAACCGGCGGCCGAUGAAGCUGCACCUCUUCCGGAGCUACCCCAGCGCGGAGGAGUUGUUUGCGGAGGGGGGACGGGCCGACCUGGCGGAGCAGCUGCUGCCCGAUCGAGAUGAUGACCUGGUCGGAGUGGGCCAAACGGGCCAGCAAAUCAAUGCAACAACGAACAUUCUGGGAACCACCACCAUCUCUGGAGUGCAUCAUCAUUCCCAGCAGCAGCAUCAGCAUCAGCAGCAUCCGAACCACCACUACCCGAGCCGUCGAAUGGAGGUGUGGAAGGCACUGAGAGCCUCCGGUGCGGCCCCCGGCUACUUCCGCGCCUUCGGCGACUUCCUCGACGGCGGCCUACUGGCAAACAAUCCCGCGGUGGACGCGCUCAGUGAGCUGCAGGCGUACAAUGCCGCGCUGAGGGCGUUGAGUGGGGAAGGCUUGAAGGAGAAAAAUCUUCCUACUCCAACUCCUCUUCAGCAACAGCAGCAGCACCGCCUGACGGCGCUGGUCUCCGUGGGCACCGGGCGCGGGCUGCUGGAGCCGACCGACGUGCUCGACAUCACCGGCAACUACUCGACGCUGCGGCAGAUCAAGCAAAUACUGCUGCUGCUCGUCUACGAGGUGACGCAGACGGAGCAGCACGUCUGNUCCGUGGGCACCGGCCGUGGCCUGCUCGAGCCAACCGACGUGCUCGACAUCACCGGCAACUACUCGACGCUGCGGCAGAUCAAGCAGAUACUGCUGCUGCUCGUCUACGAGGUGACGCAGACGGAGCAGCACGUCUGCGGCCGGGCGGAGGCCUUCGCCGCGGGCAUGGGCGCGCCCUUCUUCCGCCUGAACGCCUUCCUCAGCGAGAUGAUCGACCUGGACGAGCAGCAGGAGUACCGCCUGAUCAACUGCCUCUGGGAGGCGAAGCGGUACAUGUACUACCGACGGGAGGAGGUGAAGGCGCUGGCCGCCUACCUGGAGGCGGUCACCGUGGGGCUGCCGGAAGAGGAAGAGGAAGAGAAGGAGAAGGAAGAUCAAUUGGAAAGAGAUGGAAAGGAGAGCUCCAAGGUGCUGUCGUCCAAAGGCAAGGGACAAAGACGAAGACGUCGCAAACAUGUGGGGAAGGAGCAGAAGAAGGCUUGA